AUGUGCAAUCGGCCGGGACACCGCAAAAACGCCGCCCGUAGCGGCCCCGUCGCCGCCCCUCUAGGCCCCUCGCGGCGCCCUCACGGCCCCGUCGCCGCCCCUAGCGGCCCCGUCGCCGCCCCUCUAGGCCCCUCACGGCCCCUUCGCGGCCCCGUCGCCGCCCCUCUCGGCCCCGUCGCCGCCCCUCUAGGCCCCUCGCGGCCCCUCUGCAGCCUCGUCGCCGCCCCUAACGACCCCAACGCCGCCCUUUGCGGCCACCUCGCCGCCCCUAGCGGCCCCGUCGCCGCCCUUCACGGCCACCUCCCCGCCCUUCGCGGCCCCAUCCCCGCCUCUAGCGGCCCUGUCGCCGCCUCUAGCGGCCCCGUUGCCGCCUCUAGCGGCCCCGUCGCCGCCUCUACCGGCCUCAUCGCUGCCUCUACCGGCCCCUUCACCAGCCAACUCUUCCUCCAAUGCGAUAGGGCAGACGGACUCUCCCUUUUUGAUCUCACCUCUGGUGCUUCUCCUGCCCCGCCUGCUACUGCUGACAGCACUCUUCACUCACAGUGGGCCACACGCGAUGCUGCUACCCGUCUUGCUGGGUGUUCCCCCUCCCCCCUCUUGCCCUCUAUUGCUUCUGCUGCUGCGGCCGACCUCGUUGGCUUCGAGUCGGUCGGCGCUGCGUGUGCCCCUAGCGGGAGACGCCGCACCGGCAAGGGCAAGGGGGGCAAGGGCGCUGGAGGGGCUGGCGAGGGCAGUGGAGGUGGUGUUGGAGGCAGUGGAGGGGGUGGGGGUGGUGGUGGGAGUGGUGGCGGGGGUGGAGGUGUCAGUGGCAGCAGUGGAGGCGGAGGAGGCGGCGGCGGUGGCGGAGGGAGCGGAGGCGGCGGUGGUGGCGGAGGCGGCGGAGGUGGCGGAGGCGGCGGAGUUGGCGGAGGCGGCCGCGGCAGCGGUGGAGCUGGUCGCGGCUCUACGCAGAGGAGUGGUUCCGGUGGUGGUCCGCGCCAGCUGCACCAGCGCAAUCGUGAGACCCCGUCCCCCCAGCAGCUUCGUGAGUGGUACACUGGGCGUCAGCGAGGUGGGGGUACUGGUCCCUGCACCUACGUCCUUCGUACCGGCGACCGCGCUGGUGAGCAGUGCGGGGGCCCGCACUCCACCCAGCGCUGCUUCGGCCGCAUGACGGACGCGUGGCGUCACCAGUUCCCUGACGCCACUGAGAUCCCUCGCUGGGGAGAGCUGUCUAGGGCGGGGGUUGCUAUCUUUGAUCUUGAUUAUGAUGCUAUUCUAGCUGCCAUGUAUGCUGUGUCUACUAGUGAUGAGAGUGACUGUUACCUGUCUCUACCUCCCCUUGUUCUCUACGAACUUGGUGAGUGGAGCUGA